AUGCCAGAUCCCAGAACCUCGCCCAAGAGGCGCAAAACAAACCCUACCGGCAAAAUUGUUCAAGAUGUUAUUACUGAUCCACGUUUUGCCAAUAUCCAGUCUGAUCCUCGAUAUAAGCUCCCCAGCAAGAAACACACCCGCGUCCAGGUCGACAAGCGGUUCUCUCGUGCAUUUCACGAUAAGGAUUUUUCAAAGAGUGCGGCUGUUGAUAGAUAUGGAAGAAGGCUGCAUCGCGACGAUACGAAGAAGCAGCUAGAAAAGUUCUAUAGGUUAGAUGAAGACGAUGUUGAUAGGGAGAUUAGUGUAGACCGUGAUGAAGAAAUUCAGAAGGAAUUGCGCCGCAUCUCAAGAGAAGAUUACGAUCCUGCAAGACAGGGCGGAUUCUCGGAAUCAUCCUCGUCGGAAGAAAGCUCUAGUGAUGAAGAAAGUGAGGUGGGCGAAACAGCCGAUGAAGCCGAAGAGGCCGAAUUACCUGACCGUCAACCGGGUGAUGUUCCUCUAGGUGAAGUCACAGAAAGAAUUGCAAUAGUUAACCUAGACUGGGAUAAUAUACGAGCAGAAGAUUUAAUGGCCGUCUUUUCCAGUUUUCUUCCCGUAGGUGGGAAGAUUCUACGCGUUUCUGUAUAUCCCAGUGAAUUUGGAAAAGAAAGAAUUGAAAAAGAAGAGAUGGAAGGUCCGCCGGUUAAUAUAUUCAAUAAAAUAGAUACACAGGUUGAGCUCAACCCAGAAGAUGACGACAAUGAGGAGGGAGAGGAGGAAAAGGAGGAAGAAGAAGAAGAGGAAAUCAAAAGAUCCAUAUUAAAAGAGGAUGAAGGCCAUGAUUUUGACUCUGCUCAACUGCGAAAGUAUCAAUUAGAGAGACUUCGUUAUUUCUAUGCUAUAUUGACGUGUUCGUCGAAGGAAACUGCAAAACACAUUUACGAUUCGGUUGAUGGCACUGAAUAUAUGAGUAGUGCGAAUUUCUUCGACCUUCGAUUUGUCCCUGAGCCCACUACCUUUACUGAUGACAUUCCAAGAGAUGAAUGUCAUAGGAUUCCAGAUGGAUAUAAACCAAAUGACUUUGUUACCGAUGCCCUGCAGCACAGCAAGGUCAAACUAACUUGGGACACAGACGAUAGAGGGAGGAAGGCUGCCCAAGCUAGAGCAUUCAGAGGCAGCAGAAAAGAAAUCGAUGAAAAUGACCUAAAAGCCUAUCUAGGCAGCGAUAGUUCCGAUACAGAAGAUGAAGCACUCAAAGCUGCCAAUGGCGCCCAAGAAGGUGAUAGCAGCAAAUUAAGCAAAAAAGAUGCCGAACGCUUGAAAAUACGAGCGUUACUUGGCCUUAGUAAAGAGCCUUCGGUCUUCGAGAAAAAUAAUGGACCUAUUGGUGAUAUGGAGGUUACGUUUUCAGCGGGGUUGACGGCACACACCCCUCGAGACUCUGUUUUCGAAAACGAGCCUGAAAAGCAAGAAACUACGAAAGAGAAAUAUAUCAGAAAAGAGAGGGAGAGGAAACAGCGGCGAAAGGCCAAAUCGAAAGCCGAAAAAACCGGCGUGACUACUAAAGAAGACGAUGGCAAUAGUGAACAGAGGUCCAAUGAUGAAAAGGAUCUGGGAUUUGAAGAUCCAUUUUUUACGGCCCCAGAGCUAGAUUUAGCUAAGGUAGCAGCGCAACGAAAGGAAGAGAAGAGAAAGCUGCGCCAGCAACGUGACGCCGAUGAAGUGGCUUCUGCUGCGCAACGGGCUGAGCUAGAACUCUUGAUGGUCGAUGACAAGGUUUCGAAUAUUAAGCAUUUUGACAUGAACGAGAUUGAGAGGGCUCAAAAACGGGCACGGAAAGCCGGAAAGCGCCAGAAGGAGAAGAAAAACGAGAUUACCCCAGCCGAUGAUUUCAAAAUAGACGUUAACGACGCAAGGUUUCAGCGACUUUUUGAGAGUCAUGAAUAUGCCAUUGAUCCUACUAACCCCCGGUUCAAGCAAACAGAUGGCAUGAAAGCCGUGUUGGAGGAAAGUCGAAAACGCCGACGACAUGUUGGAGAAACAAUCUCCAACCAUGAAGCUUCUGAGCCUAAAAAGAAGAAACAGAAGGAAAUAGCAUUUACGGAGCGUGAUACUGACGAUCUUAAGCAACUUGUUGAACGGGUUAAAGGAAAAGCGAAAAGGGUGUAG